CAAAUGCCAAUGGACAUUACAAGAAGAUGCUAUCGCGUGCGGUGCACGUGAAAUCCCUGCUUAUUUUAUCGAACCCAUCUUCUUCGUCCUCCGGCUUCCAAAAGGAUCGGCAAUGGCUCUGCUCCACCGAUUUGGAUGCUGUUCUCCACCUUCUCCUCCUCCUCUUCUCUCAUUCCAGAAGCCAACCUCCGGUUCCAUUUUGUUUACGGUCUCUGCCCUUCCCAGCCGCCGCCGUUUUCCGCGGAGAUUUUCAUCGUUUAGAUUAACCGCAACCCUCGCCGCUGAAUCACCGGCUGGCUCUGUGUCGGACGGAGGAGGUGGACCGCCGAAGCUUCUUAUGGAAGUCAAGGACCUCACUGCCGUCAUCGCUGAAUCGGGAAAGAAAAUUCUCAACGGUGUUAACCUCUCAAUCUACGAGGGCGAGAUUCAUGCUAUUAUGGGCAAAAAUGGUUCUGGGAAGAGUACUUUUGCCAAGGUUCUUGUUGGGCACCGAGAUUAUGAAGUUACUGGAGGAUCUGUUAUUUUCAAGGGAGAGAAUUUGCUUGAAAUGGAAGCAGAAGACAGAUCACUUGCUGGACUUUUUCUAAGCUUUCAAUCUCCAGUUGAAAUUCCAGGAGUAAGCAACAGUGACUUUCUUCAAAUGGCCUACAAUGCCAGAAGAAGAAAACUCAAUCUACCAGAGCUUGAUCCACUUCAGUUUUAUGGUUACAUCAUGCCCAAGCUGGAAAUGGUGAAUAUAAAGGCAGACUUUCUGAAUAGAAAUGUUAAUGAAGGAUUUAGUGGUGGUGAAAAGAAGCGAAACGAGAUUUUACAACUUGCAGUUCUUGGAGCUGAAUUGGCUAUAUUGGAUGAAAUUGAUUCGGGAUUAGAUGUUGAUGCAUUAAGAGAUGUUGCAAAAGCAGUAAAUGCUUUAAUGACUCCCACAAACUCUGUUUUGAUGAUUACUCAUUACAGAAGACUCUUGGAAUUUAUCAAGCCCACCUAUAUCCACAUCAUGGAUGAUGGAAGAAUUACAAAGACGGGUUACAAGUUUUUGACAUGUAGAGAGUUUUUUGGGAGUAUUGGAACUACAAAUAACAUAUGUAUCAAGAAGGUAGAUGAGUUUGAGAUUUGGAGAAGGAAGGUGUUUUCUACACCAAUUUUAAUGGAAACAACAGGUUUGAGCGUUGAUACCACCAAUUCUGAUGCGUAUGAGACUGAUAAUUUAGCUUCAUCAAACUCUUUAACACCGAGGAUUACGAGUCGAAGUAGUUCUUCCAGGAGGAUGACGCCGUCUUCUUCGUUUUCUGUAAUUCGAUUUCUACAAGCGCCUGUAACUACUGUACUUGAAUAUUCUGGUGUUCUUCGACCUAGGUCAAACAACGAUUACCAUGAAUCAGAGAGUUUGAUUCAUGAUCAUCAUCAUCAUCAUGAUGCCCGUAGUUCGAGUGAUUCAGAUACGGCUACGAGCAGUAAUGGCGAUAAUGGGGAGGUUUCUAUACGGAUAAUCGGUGCGGUAGAUCCAGAAGAACAACAUGGUGGGGAGGGUGGAGAACCGGUGGCCUUGAAUGGCGGCGAUAAUGAUGGAGGAGAGAGAGAGAUGGCUGAUUCCACCGACGUAGAUGCUGAAAAUGGCAGGAGUGGGAGUCAUAGUGAUUCAUCUUAUCAACAGCGGUAUGAUAUGCAACAGGUUUCGAGGUGGAUUGAACAGAUUCUUCCAUUUUCCUUGCUGUUGUUGAUCGUGUUCAUUCGUCAGCAUUUGCAAGGUUUCUUUGUCACGGUCUAUGUAACUGCUUUCAUGUACAAGUCUAAUGAUAUUCUUCGAAAGCAGACAGCUUUAAAGGGGGAGAGAAGACUCUCUGUUCUUGGUGGUUAUUUUAUAGUUUUUGUACUUCAUGUAAUUGGAGUAUACUGGUGGUAUCAAAACGAUGAUCUUUGUUAUCCAUUGUUCAUGGUUCCACCAAGAGCAAUUCCACCAUUCUGGCAUGCUAUAUUCACCAUCCUUGUGAAUGAUACAAUGGUGAGGCAGACAGCAAUGGCUUUUAAGCUUGUAUUGCUUAUGUAUUAUAAAAAUGGCAAGGGUCAUAACUUUCGUAGACAGGGUCAAAUGCUGACUGUGAUUGAGUAUGCACUGCUGUUAUAUCGUGCAUUUUUACCUGCUCCAGUUUGGUAUCGAUUCUUUUUAAACAAAGAAUAUGGAAGCCUCUUUUCCUCUUUGACAACAGGCUUAUAUCUAACUUUCAAGCUUACAUCAAUAGUUGAGAAGGUUGGAUCCUUCUGGACUGCAUUGAAGGCGUUGUCAAGAAAAGAAGUCCAUUAUGGAUCCUACGCGACACCAGACCAGGUAAUUGAAGCAGGGGACAUGUGUGCUAUUUGUCAGGAAAAGAUGCAAGCUCCAGUUUUAUUACGUUGUAAACACAUUUUCUGUGAAGAUUGUGUUUCAGAAUGGUUUGAUAGAGAAAGAACAUGUCCUUUAUGCAGAGCUGUGGUGAAACCAGCAGAAAUACGUUCAUAUGGGGAUGGAUCCACGACUUUGUUUUUCCAGUUGUUUUAAUUUUUUUUUUUUUUUGGUUUAUAAUUCUUGAAAUACGCAAGUUAUAG